AUGCGGGAGAUUCAUGAGCUGUCGAUGCUCGCCGCGGACAAUGUAAAUCAGAGACCGAACUUUCUCGUGCGAUAUCCCAUCGUGACCAAAUUGGUCGAGGACUUUGAGGCAGCCCACCUCAAGAUAAUACAAAACGCCUCAGAUGAAGAGUUCGAAACGGAGGAUUCGAUUCGCCGGGACUUUGACGAGAUGCGCUUCGCGGUAAUCGGGCGUUACGAGAGAUUUGUGGGCGCCGACCGAGUAGCCGCUCCGGUCCCGCAGGCCCCGGCCCAGACGUCAUCGGUCAAAUUGCCCAAGAUCUCCCUUCCGCAAUUUUCGGGAGAUCUCACGCUUUGGCCCUCGUUCAUCGCGUUAUACAACAUCUCUAUUCACGAGAACCGGAACGUCCCUACCAUAGAGAAGUAUCAAUAUCUGAUAUCCUGCUUGAAAGGAGAAGCGCUGAACGUCGUCAAGAACAUCCUUCUCUCCGCCGAUAACUACGCGAUAGCUUAUGACGCCUUGAUUUCGCGAUAUCAAAACAAACGAGACUUGGCGGAUUAUCACGUGGACUUGAUGCUGAAAGCUCAGCCGUUGAA